AUGGCAAUUCGUGCCUCAUGGUCGCCACACGCAACGAGCGCUUGGAUCUCGUGUGCGCGCUCCUUGCAGUUGAAGAAACCAACAUCAACGUUGCCAACGAGGUACUCUUCUACGCCAACAGAUACGACCUCAGGACGCUGUGUCCAGGCCGGCGACACGGCGCUCACGAUCGCAUGUGAACGAGCCAACUACGCGAUCACCGAGCUCCUUGUCGCGCAUCCGACGUUGGACGUCAACCACCGGCGCAAGGAUCAUCGACCUGCGUACCGCGUCGCUCGAAAGAAGGGCGCGCGUAGCAUUAUGCUGCUGCUCACGACUCACCCCGCGUUUAAAAUGCCGCUUGACGCCGACGAGGAUGAGAUCGGCGGCCACAACUGGACGGUCCGAGGCUGCCUUCAAGACAUUGGCGCCUGCUUUCUCAUCAUGGGCGAAAUUCUGAACCCCUUUGCCUGGUGCUGCCUCGCGUACGCCCUCUCUGAUUAG